CAGCGAUAGUCAGCAACACACUGUGGCGGUGGAUGAACGGGGCGGCGCGCGGAGCGGGAUAAAGCUGCACUGUUUCAUCCAGAGAGGAGAAAAAAGGGGGGAGCGAAAAGGGGGACGAGCCCCGGCAUUUCCACACUUACACCAACUUCACCGGCCUGCGGCUGCCGAGCUUCCCGGCUGGCGGAGGCUGCGCGCGACCGGGAACUUGAGGGAAUCCAGCGGCGUCGUUGCCAGAGAGACUGCGCGAGGCGCGGCGGCGCGUUUCGCAGACGGAAGCGAGGGGAAGCGUCUCCGCGCGCGGCGGAACUCCCCAAGUGUUGGAAACUUCCCAGCGCAGCAUCGAUCGAGGACCUCCCGCCCACUUUACCUCUGAUCCGCCACUGGAAGGAAGCGGAGAGAGAGAGCUGUGCAGCCGCUGCGGCGGAGCGAGCAACAAAGGCUGAAUGGUUCAAGUGGAGCCGCCGUCAUAAGAAGACCUCACCAGCUCAGAGCCGAACCGCUCCUCGCCCCGGAUCCCGUUUUGCGGACCCCCGUCGGGCUCCACUUUGCGCAAACUCUCCGCCGAGCAGGGAACCGCCGCAGACGCGAAAUUGAUGCGUGGAUACGACGCGGCGAGCCGCCGAUCCUCCAGUUGUGCAAAAGUCCGCCGCCGCGCGCCGAGGGAGGUCGACUAGUGGGAUUUUGAGAAGUUGCAUGCUUGGUCCUGGUCGAGAGUGAGCCCCGUCCGUCCAGUCCCUGAGAAGAUCCGGAUAGUUGAGGUGCCAUGGCGCUGUGCGUGGGGAUAUGGAUACUCCUGUUGGCGCUGCGCAUCCAAGCUGGCAGCGGACAGAUGGUGCAGAUGGACCCCAGCAAGUCUGGCUUCGUGGGUUCUCAAGUGGAGCUGCGCUGCAUUUUCAUCAACAGCAACCCGCCGGUGAAGAUCUCGCAGGUCACCUGGCAGAAGCUCCUCAACGGCACCAAGCAGAACGUGGCCAUCGCCAACCCGGCGCUGGGCGUGUCCGUGCUGCCGCCCUUCAAGGAGCGCGUCAGCUUCAAGCAGGCGGCGGUGCGCCACCGCACGCCCUCGCUGGAGGACACCACCAUCGUCUUCUCCAGCCUGCAGCUGUCCGACGAGGCCGCCUACAUCUGCGAGUACACCACCUUCCCCGCGGGCAACAGGGAGAACAUGGUCAACCUGACCGUCUACGCGCGGCCCCUGACGCGGAUGACCUUGACGACGCCCACCAUCGUGGCCCGCGCCCAGAAGCGCAAGAUGACGGUGGCCACGUGCGUGUCCGUCAACGGGAAGCCCCCGAGCGUCAUCCGGUGGGACACCAGGCUGAAGGGCGAAGCCACGUUCCAGGAGAACCACAACCCCAACGGGACCAUGACAAUACGGAGCAACUACGUGGUGAUACCGAGCCGCGAGACCCACAAGCAGAAGCUGACGUGCAUCGUGACGUACCGGAACGAGAAGAUCACGGACAGCGUGGUGCUCAACGUGCAAUAUGAACCUGAGGUGAAGAUCGAGGGCUUUGAUGGAAACUGGUACCUGAACCGGCAGAAUGUCCAGCUGACCUGCAGGGCUGACGCCAACCCCCCUGUGACGAUCUACCAGUGGAAACUCUUGAACGGCUCCCUGCCCAGCAACGUGGAGAUCAAGAACAACACGCUCUUCUUCAAGGGGCCGGUGACCUAUGACCUGGCCGGGACGUACGUCUGCGACGCCACCAACAGCAUCGGGACCCGCACCGGCAUCGUGGACGUCAACAUCACAGCAGAAAACAACCUCCGUACGUCAUCGAAGAAGUUUAAAUCCCCUAUCAGCCCGACAACUACGGGUAAGACCACGCAGGAGCCGUCCACUCCAGCUCCCAUCAUCGGGGGCGUUGUUGGGGGCGUGGCCCUGUUGGCCAUAGCAGCCAUACUCCUCUACGUAUUCCUCCGCCGCCGCCAGCGCACCUUCAAGGGCGACUACAGCACCAAGAAACACGUGUACGGCAACGGGUACAGCAAGGCGGGCGGCCUGUCCAACCCCCCCAUGCCCAAGAGCCUGCAGUACCCGGACGACUCGGACGACGAGAAGAAGCCGGCCCAGAUCGGCGGCCCCGGGUUCCAGGCCGGCGAGCGCGACUUCGACCACGAGUCAGACGACCUGAAGAAGCCCUAUUUCACGGUGGAUGAGGGGGAGAGCCGGGAGUACGACGAGCGGACUCUAGCUUUCCAGUACGACACUGAACCUGAGAUAGCCGACGACAUGAUCUCUCAAACCGACGGCUCUGUUAUUUCUAAGAAAGAGUGGUAUGUGUAGUGGCGUGCAGCAGCCAAAGCCAACAGCCCUGUGCCCCCCACCCCUCCACCACCCCCCACCCACCUGCAUUCCACUGCACCCCCACCUCCAUCACGACCCCACCCUUCCCUGACCCCGAUUCACCCCCCACACGGUACGACCCCAUCCAACUAACGACGAUUAGAAAAUCCAAGCGUCUGUUUAAAGUGCUAGCAACAUCCACGUCUGAGAUGAGCAUCGAUUCAGCUCCAUAAGGUGAACGGGCAAAGAAUACAAACUCACCAACGAGGCCAGGGAGGUGGUAUGUGGAUUAUUACUGGUGUAUUAUUCUUUUUGUGUAUUUUUCCAUGGUAUCAAUGUAUUAAAUGUAUAAAAGACACUCUGGUUGAGGUUUGCUGAGCACAUUUGUGAAAGUCCUACACUGGAUGUACGAUGUUUUCCUCUAUUGUUUGGUUUGUUUCUUUUUUUCUCCAUCAUUGUUAUUUUUACUGUGUCUUUUGUAUGUUUUUAAUUAACAUAGACAUAGAAAUCUGAUUAUAAUUACAGGUGGAGUUGUAUGUGUAAGUUUGUGCUCACAAGUUCAUAGAAAGGAAAAAAGUUUAGCACUUGUAUCAUUUCUUUCACAGGGGUCCUUGAAAUGACCAGACAUGUUCACAGCUGAGAGCGGACGUCGUGUCUCGUUACUGUUUUCCAAAGAAAUGCUUAAUAUUUCUUGACCCAUAUGUUUAUGUGGUUCAUGUGUUUGUUUACUGAGAGAGUCAGUCUACUGAGCCGUACGGACGUGGCAGUAACAGCUAUCAAGUGUCUUUGAUUCUGUAUUUCACUCAGUCGAAUGAGACUGGAGGACAGAGGAGCUGCAGUUGUGUCAUAGAUGACGUAACGUUUUUCAGUGUGACAGAGGUUUGACUCUGAAAUCUCGUAAUUCACGCUGAACUGAACAGGCCGACCCGCGUAUGAGCGUCCGCUCGCUGCCUCCAGGUGUCAUGAUCAUGUCGUAUUCCAGUUCUUUGAUGAUGAAUCUCCCAAUAAUGACUGUCUCCCUCCCAAACACUCUCUGAGGAGUCGUCUAUGGACACAAAGGACAAAGUCGGGGGGAGAAGCCAACUAAUGAUUUUAUUUACACCUGACAAAACAUUUUAUCAUUUAAAGGGAAUUGAGGAUAUGAUGGUGGCCGUGCUGGAUUAUUAUAAGUCACCUGCUGCUUUCUUGAUAGAGUUUUUUCUCACUUUCUAUAAUGAAAUUCAGUGGCUGUUUGUGGGAUUUUAAAGAAAUGAAUUGUUGUCCCUCCUUUAUUGUUGGCAUGUGAAUCUGCCAAUGGGGAUCCAGGGACCCGUGUGACGGCAUUAGAGCUGCGGCUUCUCUCAAAAAUCACUGUUUCCAGGAGGCGGAGGAUGCUAGGAAAGCAAAUGACUUGUUUCUCUCCACAGCAUUAAGAUUCAUUUCACAAUCAGCAGCUUCAAACAAACCCACCAACAAAAAGAGUUCAUUUGUGCUAAAACAGGAGCAAAGGGGGUGGUCGUGACCACGUAUCUGACUGGCUCUGAACAAUAUAAAUACUGUAUUAAGCCUUAUUUUAUGCAUGUUUUCGUGUGGGGGUGGAUGUGCGUUUGUUGCGGUUCCUUCUGUAUCGGUUCCAGUGCGAUCGUCCUCAUUUGCAGCUCGAGCGACAACACUGUUGCCAGUAUUGACGGAGGUAUGAUUUAUUGGCACCCAGCAACAAGGAAUAUAUAGAUAAAUAAAUAUAUCGAUGAAAAAAGUGCUCUCUGUGACAGCGGAUCUCUCUGCCGGGUGGAGACGCGUGUCCAUGCUUGUCUAUGGAUGUUUUUAGAUGAGCAUGUUAAUCGCGAGCCUCGUUGUAUUUUCAACACAAUUUAGCAUUGCAGACUGGAAAGUGUCACGUUCCGAUGAUUUUUCUCGUUUCGGAGCAACGCGUGGGGCGUGGAGGCGGCUUCGCUGCUGUCCCAGUGCAGAAGCAAACAUUGCUCACCUGCAGAUGAACCGCUCGGGCUCCGGUGCCAGUUUCAUCCCAAGUGUAUGGAAGACAUGUUUGUUUGCAUCCAGUGCCUCAGCUUAGCUUGAACAGCCGCUGCUCCAUCACGCUCAUGACUUUCCCCUCCUCACAAUAACUUGGUGCUGCUUGUUUGGAGGUAAAGUUGAGUUGAUGCUGCUGGGAGGUUUAUUCAGUCCCAGCUGCAGCACGUUAUUAACUACGCAUCUAUACUUGAUCUUUGACUCGAGCUGCACCCAGAACCGUUUUGAAAGGUGGAGUCGUGGCUAAAUGCUAAACAGCACUUACUCACAGAGCCCACGUCCUGGAGCCAUGGAAUAUUUGCGUUUUAGUCACACUUUGCUGACUUUUUAAGCACAACAAUCGAAGCUAAUCCAGCGAAGAGAGAUUUAACUUGUAAAUUAAAAAAAUAAAUAAAUAACAGCAACUUUUGGCCCAAAGCUAGGAUCAGCGCAACCGUUUUUAAAGCACAAGGGUUUCGGUUUCACUUCUCGCCUGCAUCCAUCACAACCACUGCCACUUGCUUCUCAGACACGUUGGGAAAGAAAGUUUGAGCUUCUGUGUAGAUGUAAACAUUGUCUUCAUGUCGGUGGCGUGUUAUGAGUUUCUAUUUUGUAAUACUGUAACUUCUUUCCAUCCUAAUCUACUUUUGUAUUCUGUAUGUUGGACAUUCCUCUGUAAAUACUGUACAUAGGGUCGAGUUAGGCAGGAUUUCUUUAGGGACAGCUGCGUAGGGACCCCGCUCAUGUAAAAUACCCUCCGACUGCAGACUUAGACCCGAGGAUGGAUAGAUGACGUCGACGCAUAGCUUCUUCCCAAAGUCCCGCAUAAAAUGUCCCACCACGUUUUUAAGGCGCCACUAGCGGCUUCACUGUCACUCAAGGGGGUGACGCUCACAGCGUGUCGGUGUAACGUUAUCGGGAGAAAAUCAAAAGAGAGAAUCUGUCCGUAUGCAGCCAUGUGAAUGUAUAUUUCUGAGGGUGUUACAAAUAUGAAAAAAAAUCUCUUGUUCAAUUGUGAUGACCCAGUGAAGUAACCUGUAUUUGUUUUAAGCAUUAAAUAAGUUCAAUAGUCAA